GACUAAUACUUAAAUUGCAACCCUUAGAUGUGGUACAGGACAAGUUCCCAGAAGGCAGCGAUAUCCAGACGAGACUUAAGAAGCUUUUCGGAGCUUUCAAGGAGGAUAGCAUUGCGCUAAUGGGGCCGCUGGCUGGCCCUGGAUACACCAUCAUACACAACGACCUGCAUGUCAACAACAUGAUGUACCAAUACGACAAGGUCACCAACGCUGUCACGGAUUGCCGCCUCAUUGACUUCCAGAUGUCUGUGUACGGACUUCCGGCGCUUGACAUCGUCACCAUCUUACUAGUUUGCACUGAAAAGCCGAUGCGCGACCUGCACUGGGACAGCCUUUUGCAGGGGUACCACCAAGAGCUUCUCGCAACUCUGAGCGCGGCUGGUUGUUCGGAACCUGAAAAACUGUUCCCUUGGACACUGUUACAGGACCAACUUAAGAUAGCAGCUCCUUACGGUUUGUGCAUGACGCCCGUUUACCACUACGGGUUGUACUCAGACGCCGAAACUGUUGAAGAAAUGAGACAGAUGAUGGCAGACAUUUCAAGUGGUGGACAAUGCAAUAUGACCAUCAAAGUGACGCCAGCAUUAAAAACACGUUUAGAAGGCCUCGUACAGGACGUGGCAGACAGGGGUUGGCUGCCGACUGUGGAGGAACUUGAGAGCCGCCUGGCUGCAUAUGCUCAGGAAAAGACGAGCGCCUGAUAAUUCUAACAAGUGAAACCGUAAAAGAUAACUCACAGUUUUAACAACUCUUCAUUUCUGAGGCAUACUUUCCAGUAAGGAAGGCAAAAGUUACGCGCAGGCCUAGGUAGAUGUAUGCCAGGCGUGUCCCAGCGUUACAGUGUUUCGUGAGAUAUCACGAAGCCUGUUACGUGAGACGUGGUCUGGCGUACAUCUACCUAGUGUAAAGUGGGACGUAACCACAGUUUUGUUCGCUGCAUUAGCAUUAUGACCGCUCCAAUCCAUUGGGGAUUUUAUUAUUUCUUCUACGGUAUUGGUUUUAAAAGAAGUAUACUAAAGGCGGAUCACAAACCAGUCGCUGAACAAAGAAGAAUCAGAAAACGGUCGCAAAACAACGACGUAUCUGCUUUUUGAUGAUUAGGACAUUGUCCUAUGAAGUAGCCUUGCACUAUCCUUAGAGAUGUCGCAUCGUAUCGGGUGUUUUCUUUUCGGCUGAGCGAUAGAGAAGCCUAUUACUCCAGUAAUGAUCAAAAAGUUUUGCGCCUGUCUGUUUGUUUUUCUGUCCGCAAGAUACCUCGAAAACGGUUUGAGCUAGAAGG